AUGGGAGCAGAAGCAAAAUUGUAUCUCCAUCAGCAUUCUAUCCCGCAGCUGUUUGAGUGCCUCAUGACGGGACUCAUCUACAAUAGGCCGAAGGAGCCGCUGCAGUUUCUGGAACAGGCCAUCGCUCAGCUCCGUGCCCACCCGGAAGAGCAGCUCUCAUGGGAUAUGUUUAUUGAACGAGGGGAGUUAUAUUUCGAAAAAUCUCUUGCCGACUGGAAAGGGCAGGAAAAGUUGGCGAAAGCUCUAACUGCAGGAGCGCCUAGAACAGCUGGCGGACCUCGACCUCAACAGACGAAGCAAACGACCACUGAAACCGCUCCAAAGCCAAAGAAAGCCAAGCCUAAGGAACCGAAGAAGGAACCACAGGUGCAAGUACAGGCAACAUCAUCACCGAAACCUGCCUCGCAAGCAUCAGCCAUGGGUCGCACGCAAAGAUCACCGUCUGUGAUGAAAGCAGCGGAAGUCGCUCAAAUCCCCCAUGUACCGGUGAUUCUGUUCAUUGGAGGACCUGGUGGAGGGAAAACUCGGCACGCUGCACGGGUUGCUAAUGCUCUAGCUGAUCAAGGCCUUAUUCAUAUAUGCAUGCCGGAUAUCAUAAGAACGGCUCUUGCAAAGUACAAAGAUCAGUAUUCAGAAUGGAAGGCUGCGAAUGAGCACUACUUACGAGCCCGAUCGGCCUCCAGAACAGUGGGUUCCACCAUGCCUUCGAGUGAGCUGAUUCCGAACCACCUUGCCCUGGCUCUGGUCAAAGCCGAAAUGGGACGCCACCCCGAAGCAACAGCUUUCUUCCUGGAGGGCUUCCCCAGAGAAGCUCGACAAGUCGAAGAUUUCGAAAGAGAGGUGAAAUUGGUCAAUAUGGCUCUGAUACUUGACUAUGAUGAGAAAACUCUGAGAGAACAUAUGGAAAAGAGAGGAUUAGGAAUGGAAAUCAUCGACCAACGAAUAAAGGAAUUCAAACAAAAGACUUUGCCUUCAGCAAAAUACUUUGACGAUCAACACCUACUUCAUUUGAUUCCUGGAGAAAAGGAUGAUCACAAUAUAUUCGAAAGAAUGCGGGACCUCGUUAUCAAGGCGAUGAGCACUGGCGUGCCCAUUCUUACCAAUCAACCCUCUCCCGUCCAAACUCGAGCAGGAUCAGUCAUGACGCCUAUGCAAGACCCUAACGUGGUCAUGGCUACGACAGCAACAUUCUCACCUGAUAUGUCGCGCAUGCCUGAAACUCCUGGAGCGAAUGUUCAACAAACUCCGGACCAAGCUGUCCAGAGCCAAACUCCGGACCAAGCUGUCCAGAGUAGAACUCCGGACCAAGCGGUCCAGAGCCAAACUCCGGACCAAGCGGUCCAGGGCCAGACUCCGGACCAAGCUGUCCAAAGCCAAACUCCCCAAGAAGCUCCAUCGCAAGAGGCUGUACAAGAUCAAUCCGUAGUCGAGCCGAACAAUGUACGAGGUGUAACUACACGCACCUCCCAUGCUGUUGUUCCGGGUCAGUUUGCCAGCAACCAAAAUGUGAAAAACCAGCUUUUUCGGAAUCAAGGAGCUAUUAAUGCCUCCUCCAAAGCUUCUCCCAUCUACUCCAGUCCUAGCGUGGAUGCUGGAGCUGCAGCUUCUGCACAUCAAGGUAGAUAUCUACCUCCGUAUGCCAGCCGAGGUGGACCCGUAAGAACAGCUACGAGUCAAGGAGUACCUACAGCAACGCAAGGUGUACCUCAAGGUGCAUAUACACCCCCUUUGAUUAAUCAAGGGGCACCAGUGACAGUUUUGGGUCAAACGGCACCCACACCAACACAAGCUCUACCUCAACCUACAUACCCUCAAUUCAUAACUAAAGGAGCGACUCCGCUUCAAGGUGCCCCCAUACCAACACAAGCUGCACCUCAAGCGGCAUACCCGAACGCCAGGCAAGGGAUUCCCUUUCAGGGUGCACCCGUAACAACACAGUUUGCAACUCAAGGUGCAUACUCUUAUGUUAGCCAGGGUGCGAUUCCUUUUCAAGCAGCUCCACUGCUGAGUCAAGCUGCGCCUCAAAGUGCGUACGCUCAAGUAAGUCAUGGUGUACCUGGAAGAAUGGAUCUGAAUCAAGAUGCAUCUAUGCUGGUUCAAUAUGCUUCUCCGCCGGCACCUCCACCCACUUUAGUCAGUCAAGGCGCAUUAGGAAGAACAUUUCCAAGUGAAAGUGCACCCAUAACCACACAGGUCACACUCCAUGGGGUACAACCUCAAUACAGCCAGAGUACAAUUCCCAUCCAAGGACCCGUACCAAUGCAAUUUACAGUUCAAGGUGGAUACUCUCAAACCAAUCAAUUUGUACCACGAGGCACAGUUCCAAACCAGGAUGUAACAGUGCCAGCUCAAACUGUGCUACCACGUGCAGUUCAACCCCAACCUAGUCAAAGUGCACGUCCGGCUCAAGCUGCACCACCUGCUGCCCGACUCACGCAACCCAAUCAAAAUGCAAGCACUUCAGUUAAAGCUGCAUCUCCGGUACGCCCAGCAGCACAAGCUAGAAACUUUGCCCGACAGGAAUCAGCUACAUCCGAAGAAGCACCCAUAUCAGACCAAGUUGCCACUCAAGCUAGUCAAGGUGCACCAUCCGAUCAAGCUAAGCCGUCUGCACGGCGACCCACCAUAGCCAGCCAAAAUGCAACGCGACAUGCUCGAGCUACCCAUGGUACAAUCCGACCCACACGAGCCAGCGAAAGUGCAUCGCGACCCAAUCAAGCUAAGCAAGGUGCACCGCAACCCACCCAGGCCAGACAAAGUGCAAUUCAACCCACUCGAGCCAGCCAUGUUAUCCGACCUAAACAAAUCAAUCAAGAUGUAACGCGAAGUCAACCCCUUGGUAAAAGCCGACCCACUCCCAGCCAAAAUUCGCCGCACUCCACUCGCGGCGGUAGUGGCGCACAGGGAAGAACCACUCAGAGGGAGCUGGUCAAAGGAGGAACGUGCAGCCGCACACGAAGCAAAAUUGCUCAAAGUAAUGAAGGACGCGGAUCAGAACGAUCUAGUCGUACCUCCACUCCUACUCGUGGGAUAUCAUCUCAGGUUGCUCGUAGUCGAAAUGUUUUCAGCCAUGAUGCUCGCGGCCGAAAAAUAGGCGAUGCUUCAGAACGCGAUUCAAGGCAGUCCACCCGAAGUCGGACGAUUGGUGAAAGCCGGAAAGAACCAAAACCAGAUACGCAAAGUAGGGCUUUGAAUCGGCAGUGCAGUCGAAGCAUCCUCAGAAGAUCGAAAGCUCAUAGCCAAGACGAUUUUGAAAGAGAGUCUUCUAGUCAAGUUGCGACAAGACCUAAAAGGCAGUCCGUAUCUGGUGAAGUCGGAAUAGCAGCUGACAUCCCCGUACACGCUGCAUUUAGCCAGACCAAAUCUGAUUAUUCGGUUGACAUGCAGACUUCGACUGAUUCGAGCUUACCGGGAGACAGUGCAGUUUUUUCUGCUGUUUCCGAAAUGAUUGCAGGUGAAUAUUCGGAGCAGCCCACAUGGGAGCAAUCUAUGCCAGCUUUUACCCCACCCAUGCAGGUUGCUCCCAGCCAAUUAGUGGCACAGCAAGAUUUCCCCUCAGCAGUCGCACCCGACCAAAUUGUCUCUACGUAUACGGCUUUUCCACAAACUCCGUGGGAGCAGCCCAUCUUUGCUCAUGGUUAUCCCGUACAACCAGCAAUCAGCCAGUUUGCAAAGGAGCAAAGCUCUUUUAUGCCAGCCACAUUUAGUCAGUUUGAAACUACAGAUGCUGUUACUACGCAGGCUGCUACAGAUGCUGUUACUACGCAGGCUACUACAGAUGCUGUUACUACGCAGGCUACUACAGAUGCUGCUACAACGCACGCUAUGAUCAAUGUCAAUUCUAUGCAACCUGCAGUCAGCAAAAUUGUAACGGGACAGGAAACUUCUUCAGCAAAUGCACUCAGCCAAGAUGCGAGCACAUGUGGGGCUCCCAUGCAAGAAGUAUCCAGCACAACCGUGGCACUACAAGAGGUACCUCAAGCAGUUGCACCUAUUCAUGUUGUGUCGAAAACGAAGGAACAAUCUAUUGACCUUAGUCCUAAAGCUACAACUGCCCAACCUAUAGCGGACCAAGCAGCUAUUGCAAAGCAACAAUCCGUUGACAAUAUUCCUUCGACCACGCAGUCUAUAACGGGACAAGAAGCAAUCAUGCCAGACUUAUCUGUUCAAGAUCGGACUAUGACUGAACUUACAACGCAAGUUAUAUCUAGUGAAGUGGUAAUAACAGAGCAGCUUCCGCUUGAAUCAACUGCACCCAGUCAGGCCGUGGAUGCAUCUGCUGUUCCUAUACAAGCGACACAAGAACUGUUUAUGUCUGAAUGUAUACCUGACCAAGCUGCGCCCUUCGCACCUAAAAUGGAAGAGGAAGCUUCCAUGCCAGCACUAUCCAAGCAAGAUGAUGAAAAUGAAGUUUCGACACGAGCUGAACUCAGCAACGCCGAAGUGCAGGAGGCGCUUACACCAGCUGCACCUAUCCUGAACGCGAUCAUACAUGAGGAUCUCGUGGAGGAGACAUUCGAGCAAUCUAUGACUACAGAACAUGUGCAAGUUGUGAGCAGCGAAGUUAUAGCAGAGCAAGAGGUUCUAUUGCAAGCUGCUUCUAGUCCAGAUGUCCCCCUACCACAACCUCCUAUGCAAUCUGUUUCAGAUCAGCUACCAUUGACAACGGAGGCAUCUGUGCAAGCUGACACGCUUCCAAAGCCAGCAUUUAAAAAUUCUACUCCGAGUGCACCCCCGCAAAGUGUGUCCGAGCCAGCAUUCUCCAUCGACGCCUCAUGCCAACAACUUCUUGGAGUAGGGGUUCCCAACCCACUUCAGCCAAACGGUGAUAUGCCAGCGAAUCUCAAUGGGCAAAUCGCACCUUCCAGUGGUGGAGCUUUGAGUCAAGAUACUCUUGUGCCAGAUGCGUUCUGUCAACCCAUUCCCCAAGAUGUACUCGAACCAAAUACCCAAGAUCAGGGUUUGCUUGGCCAAGAGCUUUCAAAUCAGGACCAACUCACGAAUAUUGGCCAUCCAAAUUCCACAAACCUUGCUCCAAGCGCAGAUGGUGCAAAGCCAGAUCUUCCCAGCGAUACCGCGAAUACUGAAGCUCUAGCUGGGGAUGUGUCUGGUGCGCAAGUCCAUUCUCAUGACGCUCUCGACCAAGAGGUGCCAACAACCCAGAUGAAUAGUCGUGUCGGCCAAUCUCCGAUGUCACCAGAAUUUCCUGUAUUCACACGUCCAUCAUCAGAGGAUGCAGAAAACGCAGAACCUAUGCCUCGUGGCGACAGCGCAGUCAUCAGAAGUGUGCCUUCAAGUUCUCAUCUAGUUGAUGCUAAUCGCCAAACACCACACGCCGUUGCCGCGAUGCCAUCUACACCCUUGAGAACAGGAAGUUCGGGCGUAAUGCCUCCAGCUACAGUGAUAAGUUUAUCGAAUGGAGCUCCUGUUCUGCUUGUGAUAGGUGCUCCUGGUUCCCAAACUUUCGAGAUAGCAAAUCGUUUGGCGCAGCAGCACGAAGGAUUCCUCUUCCUCUCUAUGGGAGUGCUGCUAAGGGAUAAAGUGAAAGCAGAGAAGGAAGAUGAACUGUGGCAGAGGGUUGGCCGAAAGAUAGAAAAAGGCGAACCAGUGCCGAUGAAACUUUGUCGGGAGUUGCUUUACGAUAGGAUCAAUGGAAAUGGAGCAACAACUCAUGGCUUGAUAAUAGAAGGAUAUCCAAGAACAGAAGCUCAACUAGCUGACAUUCAAGCAGUUUUAGGUAGACUCGAUCUUGCAAUACUUGUGGAUUGUACGGAGCAGUUCUGCAUUGACAACAUUGCGAAGAAGUUCCAAGGAAACGGAAAUAUGGUAGAAGACUCGCCGGAAGUUGUAAAGACCAGAAUGGCUCUUUUCAAGCAGAACACGUUACCGAUGCUGAAGUCUUUGGACGAAAAAGGCAUUUUACGUGUGAUUGAAGGAGACUCAGAUGUGGAAAGCGUUUACAGUGAGGUUUCAACGGCACUCGAUCGUGAAAUCUUCAAUAGCAAUGGCAAAGUGGAAGAAGUUGCGUAGGAGACAAUGUGCAUCAUCAGUGUGAUUCAAGGGC